GAGCAGCGACGAGUAUUAUGAAAUCCUCAAGAAUGAUGGGGCGAGUGCAUUGCAUGAUUUAUGUCGUGGCCUUGAGUGCCAUCGCGGCUACAGUCACAUCAUAUCCUUACUCCUCCCCUCAAACCCCGCAAUACAAUUCACCGGUCCGCAAACCACCUCACUCACCUAAAACGUAUUCCCCAUACUAUUCGGCAUCACCACCAUCUCCAAUACAAUACAAAAGAAAAGGCCCUAACUAUACGCCACAUCCAAAACCAUAUGUUUACGCCGCUCAACCAACACCACCUUAUUACUCUCCUUCUCCUAAAGUAGACUACAAAUCUCCACCACCACCAUACGUCUACAGCUCCCCACCACCACCUUAUUACUCUCCUUCUCCUAAGGUAGAGUACAAGUUUCCACCGCCUCCAUACGUCUACAGCUUCCCACCACCACUAUAUUACUCUCCUUCUCCUAAGGUAGACUACAAAUCUCCACCACCCCCAUACGUCUACAGCUCCCCACCACCACCAUAUUACUCUCCUUCUCCAAAGGUAGACUACAAGUCUCCACCACCUCCAUACUUCUACAGCUCCCCACCACCACCUUAUUACUCUCCUUCUCCUAAGGUAGACUACAAGUCUCCACCACCGCCAUACGUCUACAGCUAUCCACCACCACCAUAUUACUCUCCUUCUCCUAAGGUAGACUACAAGUCUCCACCAUCGCCAUAUGUCUACAGCUCGCCACCACUACCAUAUUACUCUCCUUCUCCAAAGGUGAACUACAAGUCUCCACCACCGCCAUACGUCUACAGCUAUCCACCACCACCAUAUUACUCUCCUUCUCCAAAGGUGAACUACAAGUCUCCACCACCGCCAUACGUCUACAGCUCUUCACCACCACCAUAUUACUCUCCUUCUCCAAAGGUGUGAUCACCACCAUUUGGCUAACAAAAUAGUUAAUAUUUUUCUUACCGAGAGGACUUGAACCAGUUUAGCGUUCAAAUGCUUUGCACAAAGUUAGCGUUCGACUAAGAGGCCUUAUAGCACUCCUAUUGGAUCCUACAAACGUCAUGAUUAAACUAGUUUAGUGAUUCGCUUGAUAUGUGUCUUCAACUGGUUUAUUUUUGUAAUAAUUUUAAAAUUAAAUAAACAAUGAGUUAGGAUUCUCUUAA